CCCCCCCCCCCCCCGCUCUAACCCAUUAGACCCCACUCCUCACCCUGUGUUAGAAACUGAACCCGGGAGUCCUGCCCCGCCGAUGCUCUUCCUGCAGAAGCGCUCGGAGCUGUCCUCCCUGGAACCCCUGGCCGACCUGUGCGCCAACACCACCCAGCUGCAGGAGGACGGCAGCCCGGUGAUGAGCUCCCUGAUGUUCUCCGCCGGCGUGGCCGGCAACGUGGUGGCGCUGGCCAUCCUGGGCGUGCACCGCAAGGAGCUGCGUACCAAGUCCUCGGCCUUCUGCAUCCUGGUGACCGGCCUGGCCGCCACCGACCUGCUGGGCACGUGCUUCCUCAGCCCCGUGGUCUUCGUCAGCUACGCCCGCAAUGCCUCCCUGCUGGGCCUGGUGGAGGGCGGGCGGGGCCUGUGCCAGCUCUUCGCCUUUGCCAUGACCUUCUUCGGCCUCGCCUCCAUGCUCAUCCUCUGCGCCAUGGCGGUGGAGCGGUGCCUGGCCAUCAGCCACCCCUACUUCUACUCCCAGCAUAAUGGGCGCGGCUGGGCCAAGCUGGCGCUGCCGGCCAUCUACGUCUUCAGCGCCCUCUUCUGCUGCUUGCCCUUCCUGGGCGUGGGACAGCACAAGCAAUACUGCCCCGGCACCUGGUGCUUCGUGGCGAUGGCGACCAGCCAUCCGGGCACCACCGCCGCCUUCUCGCUCACCUACGCCACCCUCAUGGCCUUCCUCAUCCUCGCCAUCUUCCUCUGCAACGGCUCCGUCAUCGUCAGCCUCUGCCAGAUGUACCGUAAGCAGCGGGCCCGGCGCGGGUCCCUGGGGCCGGCCCAGCGCCGCCGGAAAAGCUGGUUCAGCCAAGGCGAGGAAGAGGUGGAUCACUUGGUCCUGCUGGCCCUCAUGACUAUCAUCUUCGUCAUCUGCUCCCUGCCCCUCACGAUCCGUGCCUACAUCGGCGGCCUGGCCCCGGACAAUUCUGAGAAGGAUGACAUGGUAGCCUUUCGCUUCAGCGCCUUCAACCCCAUCCUGGACCCCUGGAUCUUCAUCCUGUUCCGGAAAGCCGUCUUCCGCAGCCUGCGCACCCUGCUCUGCUGGCCCUGGGCCGGGCGCCGGAGCCCGGAGCCCCGCAGGCUGGACAGCGUCCCCUUCCAGGCCAACUUCUCCUGCUGAGACGGGGGGCCCGGGCACCGCCAGGCCCUGCUGCAGGAACCACGGGCACUGAGCACCAGCCACGGGCCCCGCCCUGGGCACCACGGACAUCUCCAGGAGCCCUGCCACGGGCACUACGACAUCUCCGGGCACGGGGCCCAAUUGGGCACCUGGGACUCUCCGCUCCCAACCCCACCCACCGGCCACAGAGGCUGAAGAAGAGACCCAGGGCUCAUGGCUGGGUGGGGGUGACAGUGCGAGCCUGGACAGAGCAUGAGCUAAGGGGGCCAGGCAGGGGAGACGCCCCUCCCAGUGUGGGCCAGAGGGACCUGGGGGGGAGGGGCGUGGAUGCCCCCCAGGUGGGGUAUAAGGGACGUUUCAUACCCCCCCACUCCCCAGCAGCUAGAAGGUGGAAGCUGGUGCCGGAGGCUGAGCACCCUGGGGGAGGGGGGAAAGGCAGGGGGACACCAGGUCAAGGGGAAAAGGGGCAACUUUGGUCCCAACACUGAUUCGCCCCCAUACCCUGUGCAUGAUCCAAAUGGGGGGUAGAGAGGGGCAUAGGGAUUACGUGACUGGGCUAUAUGCACCCCCCGACUUGUGGAAAUGGCACAGUCCGGCCUCUGGCUUGUUAAUGGAACUUGCAAUUAAAUGCCU